UCUUUCUGGUUGAAGUGGUGAAAAAAUUAGGAUUCCAUGAGAAUUUUAUUUCUCUAAUUUAUAAAUGCAUUUCCUCUGUAUCUUUUUCGUUCAUGUUAAAUGGUUCUCAACUUGGCUUCGUUGCUCCUCAAAAGGGUCUAAAACAGGGCGAUCCCUUGUCCCCUACUUAUUUCUAAUUUGCAGCGAGGCUUUUUCUUAUCUUCCUCGGGACUCAUUUAGAUGUGGCAAGCUGAAAGGUAUUGCAGUGGCAGAGCAAGCUCCUAGCAUUUCUCACUUGCUGUUUGCCAAUGAUACUCUACUUUUUGGGAAAGAUGCGAGAGAAGAGGCAGAGAAUUUCCUUGGAAUUAUUGAACUGUAUGAAAGGUUUUCUGCCCAAUGGCUUCCAUCUGUAGUAGGCAGAUCAAAAUCAAACACUGAAGUUUUUGCAUCUAUCAAGGAUAGGGUGUGGCAAAGAAUUCAAGGAUGGCAUGAGCAGCAGCUCUCGCGGACAGGAAAAGCAAUCCUUCUCAAGGCUGUUAUCCAGGCAAUCCCAACUUAUGCCAUGUUGUGUUUUCAACUUCUCCAUUCUAUCUUAUGCGACAUUGAAUCAAUGUUUCCUAACUAUUGGUGGGGUGACGGAUCAUAAAAGAAAAGAAUGCAUUGGAUUAAUUGGGACAGUAUGUGUUCAUCAAAGGAGAGGAGUUGGCUUUCCGUAUCCUAAAAGCCUUCAAUUACACAAUGCUUUGCUAAGCAAGCUUGGCGGAUCCUUACUAACGCUCUCUCUUUACUGCAUAAAGUUUUGAAGGCAAAAUACAACCCAGAUUCAGAUUCUUUUCAGGCACAGCUAGGACCCAGGCCAUCUCUAACUUGGAGAAGCAUUCUUGAAGGAAGGAGAGUGCUGCAUAUUGACUAGCGGAUAAGGGUGGGAAGAAGAAAACUAUCAGAAUUUAGGAGGAUCCUUGGCUACCACGGCCUACAACUUUUCGAAUCUGCUCACCACCUAAUAUCAUCUCACCUGAUGCUUGUGUCAGUGACUUGAUUGCUAAUUCUACUUAUUGCUAGAAUUGUGGUUUGAUUGAUGAAGUUUUUUGGAAGGAGGGGGCUGACUUGACUAAAGGAAUUCAGCUCUCUAGGUUACAAAUAAAGGAUAGAUGGAUUUCGCACUACAUACGCAACAGCAAAUUUACUGUCAAUGGUGCAUACCAUACUAUUAUGAUUGGGACUUCCUACAACUUAAUCAACUUGAUCACGGUUCUUCAAGUUUAAAUCAUGAUAAAAUCUAGACGAGGCUCUGGUCUCUGAAUAUCCCCAGCAAAGUAAAGCAUCUUAUAUGGCGAAUUUGUCACAACUCUCUUCCAUCUGCUGAUAAUUUUUUGACAUCCCCAGCUGUAGGUAGACAACAGCUGGAAAUCUCAUGCACAUGUUUCUAUUCAAGUUUAGGCUUUAUCUUUCCUUGCGCAGAGAGUCCAGAAUUAUCCUCACUCCGCAAUUGAUCUUUGGGUAAAAGAGAUAGUUUGUUCAAUGGUCAAAGAGGACUGCGAAUUAUUUGCAGUCCCAACUUAUGACAUCUACAACACUUGGAAUGCCAAACUGUUUGAUGGUAAGGAUGGUGAUCCCAUGUCCUUGGUCAGUUUUACUUCUGGAAUGUUAUUUUCUUUUAAGGAGGCCAAUUCCCAACCUUCAACUGAACCUGUUCAGCGAGCAUGUCAACGAUGGAUGACCCCCAAGGAGAACAUAUACAAGGUCAACUUUGAUGCUGCCAUUGCAGAGCAAGAAGGUACCCAUGGUAUCGGGCUUGUGAUUCAGAACCACAAAGGAGAAUUCAUCGCUAGACUGGCAAAGAAAUUCCAAGAAACUGUUUCUGCUGAAACUGUAGCUGCUCGGGGAGCUUUUCUAUUUGUGAAGGCAUUACUUUUUCCAUCUUUUUCCAUUGCAGGUGAUGCAUAUUCAAUUAUCCAGAAAAUGCUGAAUAGAGAAGAUGAUUCCUCUGUCACAGGCCCUAUCGUCAAUGAUGUGCGUGAUAAUUUGAAUAGCUUUAAGUAAUGUAUCUUUGAGAUGGGCGCCAAGGGAAUUAAACAAAGUUACACAUGUCUUGCCAUUCGUACUAAGUCUAGCAACUCGGUUGAAUAUCAAUCAAAUAGUGCUGGACGAUCUUCAA